GAGAGAGAGUGCAUCUGUCUCUCAUAUCUCCCAGUGUCAUACACACACGUGUUAGAGACAGACAGACAGACAGAGAGAGAGAGAAAGAGCGUAUCUGUCCUUCACGUUUCUGCCAUCUGAGAACAUGGGGAAAGGGUUUGGACGUGGAAGCAGCUCUGAUGAAAAGAAGAAAGAUUUAGAUGAGCUGAAGAAAGAAGUGGCUUUGGAUGAUCAUAAACUUUCUCUGACAGACUUAGCAAGUCGUUAUGGGGUGGACCUGAAUAAAGGUCUGACCACUAAGAGAGCAGCAGAGAUCCUGGAAAGGGAUGGGCCAAACGCCCUGACUCCGCCUCCCACCACCCCAGAGUGGGUGAAGUUCUGUAAGCAGCUGUUUGGGGGGUUCUCCAUCCUCCUCUGGAUUGGCGCCAUCCUCUGUUUCUUCGCCUACAGCAUCCAGGUCGCAAGUGAGGAUGAACCAGUCAAUGACAAUUUGUAUCUGGGAGUAGUCCUGGCUGCUGUGGUUAUCAUCACCGGCUGUUUUUCCUACUACCAGGAGUCCAAAAGUUCACGUAUCAUGGACUCUUUCAAGAACAUGGUGCCUCAGCAAGCCAUGGUGAUCCGUGAUGGUGAGAAGAGGCAGAUCAAUGCUGAGGAUGUGGUUGCAGGAGACCUGGUGGAGAUUAAAGGUGGAGACCGAAUUCCAGCAGACGUACGGUUCAUCUCCUGCAGUGGGUGCAAGGUGGACAACUCUUCCCUGACGGGGGAGUCAGAGCCUCAGUCGCGCUCACCGGACUUCACUCAUGAAAACCCUUUGGAGACUAAAAACAUCUGCUUCUUCUCCACUAACUGUGUGGAAGGAACAGGCCGAGGUAUUGUCAUUGCGACGGGCGAUCGCACCGUCAUGGGCCGCAUUGCCACGCUGGCGUCUGGGCUGGAGGUGGGUCAGACGCCCAUCAACAUCGAGAUCGAACACUUCAUCCACAUCAUCACGGCUGUGGCCGUCGUCCUUGGGGUCGCCUUCUUCUUCCUCUCCCUCGUUCUCGGAUACACCUGGCUGGAGGCCGUUAUCUUCCUCAUUGGAAUCAUCGUCGCCAACGUACCUGAAGGACUGCUGGCUACGGUCACAGUGUGUCUCACACUGACAGCCAAACGCAUGGCGCGUAAGAACUGUCUGGUGAAGAACCUGGAGGCGGUGGAGACUCUGGGGUCCACGUCCACCAUCUGCUCUGACAAGACGGGCACGCUGACCCAGAACCGCAUGACCGUCGCACAUAUGUGGUUCGACAACCAGAUCCAGGUGGCGGACACCACCGAGGACCAAUCAGGCUGUGGGGCUUUUGAUAAGACCUCUCCCUCCUGGAAAGCUCUGUCACGGGUGGCUGGACUCUGCAAUCGUGCUGACUUCCUGCCUGGACAAGAAAGUGUUCCUAUUCUCAAGAGAGACACUGCAGGAGAUGCGUCUGAAUCUGCUCUACUGAAGUGUAUUGAACUAUCUUGUGGGUCCGUGCGCUCACUCAGAGAGAAAAACAACAAAGUAGCAGAGAUCCCCUUCAACUCCACCAACAAGUUCCAGCUGUCCAUCCAUGAAAUUGAGGAAUCACCCACAGGUCAUAUACUAGUGAUGAAAGGAGCUCCUGAAAGGAUACUGGACAGGUGCAGUUCCAUCAUGAUCAGUGGGCAGGACAUUCCUCUGAAUGAUGAGUGGACAAACGCGUUUCAAAGAGCCUACAUGGAGCUGGGGGGUCUGGGGGAGAGAGUGCUGGGUUUUUGCCACCUCAACCUACCUCCCUCUCAGUUCCCACGCGGCUUUGCCUUUGACAGUGAGGACGUCAACUUCCCCACUGAGCAGAUGUGCUUCCUGGGGCUCAUGUCCAUGAUCGACCCGCCCCGAGCCGCCGUGCCUGACGCCGUGGGAAAGUGUCGCUCCGCUGGGAUAAAGGUCAUCAUGGUAACAGGAGAUCAUCCAAUCACAGCUAAGGCUAUUGCUAAGGGCGUGGGCAUCAUCUCUGAGGGCAACGAGACAGUGGAAGACAUUGCAGAAAGAUUACAGGUUCCCCUCAGCCAAGUGAACCCACGAGAUGCCAAGGCGUGUGUAGUCCAUGGUUCUGACCUGAAGGACAUGACCUCUGAGUUCCUGGAUGAUCUCCUGAGAAACCACACAGAGAUCGUGUUCGCCCGCACGUCCCCACAACAGAAACUCAUCAUCGUAGAGGGCUGUCAGAGACAGGGUGCUAUUGUGGCGGUGACAGGCGAUGGGGUGAACGACUCCCCUGCUCUAAAGAGAGCAGACAUCGGCAUCGCCAUGGGGAUAGCGGGAUCAGACGUCUCCAAACAGGCAGCAGACAUGAUCCUGCUGGACGAUAACUUCGCUUCCAUAGUAACAGGAGUAGAGGAGGGCCGUUUGAUCUUUGAUAACCUGAAGAAGUCGAUUGCCUACACGCUCACCAGCAACAUCCCCGAGAUCUCGCCCUUUCUCUUCUUCAUCAUCGCCAGUGUGCCUCUGCCUCUGGGCACUGUUACCAUCCUCUGCAUCGACCUGGGAACCGACAUGGUUCCUGCGAUUUCUCUGGCUUAUGAAUCUGCUGAAAGUGACAUUAUGAAGCGUCAGCCCCGAAACCCCAAAACUGACAAACUGGUCAAUGAGAGACUCAUUAGUAUCGCAUACGGACAGAUCGGUAUGAUCCAGGCCUUGGCUGGCUUCUUCACAUACUUUGUUGUCCUGGCGGAGAAUGGUUUCCUGCCCCGCGGGCUUCUGGGAUUGCGUGUGGACUGGGACAGCCGUGACGUCAACGAUAUUGAGGACAGCUAUGGACAGCAAUGGACCUAUGAGCAGAGGAAGAUCGUGGAGUUCACAUGUCACACAUCCUUCUUCGUGAGCAUUGUGGUGGUGCAGUGGGCCGACCUCAUCAUCUGUAAAACACGCAGGAACUCUGUCUUCCAGCAGGGGAUGAGGAACAAGAUUUUAAUCUUCGGCCUGUUCGCUGAGACUGCCCUGGCUGCCUUCCUGUCCUACUGCCCUGGAAUGGAUGUAGCUCUGCGCAUGUACCCACUCAAGCUGUUCUGGUGGUUUUGUGCUUUGCCGUACAGUUUGCUCAUCUUCGUCUAUGAUGAGGUUCGGAAGCUUAUUCUGCGCAGGUAUCCUGGAGGUUGGGUGGAAAAAGAGACCUACUAUUAAUCAACAAAUAUUUACCAACAAAUGUGUGUGUGUGUGUGGAUGUUUGUGGGGAUGAGUGAGACAUAUAAACACAUGUUUAAGGGAAAUCUGAUCAGUAUGGAACCCUAGAUCUCACCACCAUGUGUAAAUGCUGUAUGUUUACACAGCAUGUGUGCAUUUCUAUGUGUGUGUGUGUGUGUGUGUUUAUUACUGUAUGCACCAGCGUUAGGGGUUCAUGGGGGAGGUCCCAGGACUGAGGUAAACGUGACUCUGUUUCUCAGUUCUGACACGCCUGCUUCCUCUCAUGUCAGCAGUGUCAGGAGAUAUCUCAGAGGGCCUGAACAUGCUUUUCUCCUCAAAGAGAUGUAGUCUGCCUCGGUGGAUAUCUAAUACCAUGAUACAUAUUAUUAGUUUAGAUAUGUAUCACGUCUGUAUUUUUGUCUGAAACGUUUGACAGUACUCCUAACUCAGUGUGCUAAAGUUAAGGACAGUAUAAUUCAGUGAAAGGUUAAAUUGAGGUCGGUAUGUCGGCCAGAAUGUUCUUUUGCUGCUCUGUCAGGAACACUGUGAUACAAGUGUGAGAAUAAUAAAAAGAAACAUUUAAAAAACCA